AUGAUCAAUUCUCCUCCUCCUCCUCCUCCUCCUCCUCCUCCUCCUCCUCCUCCUCAGACAUUAAUGCCUAAAGAGGAUUGUGAUAGCUAUGAAGAUUGCAUACGAGAUACACAUCAGCAAAUACACUCCAGUUAUAAUAUCACGGAUCAAGACAUUCAAGCUACCAUCAGUAGUCUGACGAUAUCAGAUCAACAGCAUCCAAUGGACACCCUAUUAGACACGAGACCUUCCAAUGUAACUGCUACAACAACCUCUACAAGCACUGCUUCUACUACCACUGCUACUAGCAAUGCCAUGUCAUUUCGCAGCAUAUUCGCAAACAGUACAGCAUUCACGCCUCAAUCGACCGACAGACAUCUCUUUCGUAACAACUCCUUUUCCAUCCAGCCAGACUAUCCCAAUACAUUGAUGCGUUACAAUGACUAUGAAAUGGACGGUCAUCAGCAACUGUCUAGACGCGAAAGCUACCCCAACUUGGUAAGUAGCACAAGCUACUUGGCAGGUGAACAAACCAACAGCAGCAGCCAUUAUUCUGACUGGCACGGCUAUUUACAAAAUACACCUUCACACGCCAACUACCUUAUGCAGCCCUAUCCACAACAGCAACAACAACAACAACAGCAGCCAUACCACCGCAAAUUUUCAAUGGAUGUAGCUCCCUCUUUUGCCUCUAAAAGACUGGACAUUUUGGACAAGUCGAAUAGCAGAUUGACGCCAUCCUAUUCAAACCCGGAUUUAUCAUCUGCAAGACGCAUGGGUAGUUUAGAUGCAGACGCUCGAAAUGUGAGACGAUAUGAUCAAAGUGCGUUGGACGAUUUCACUGCUGUAGAUCAUCACCAUCCAUAUCAGCAGACAGCAAGUAGACUCCCCAUUAUCUCCUCCUCCCCCUCAUCGUCAUCGCCCUUAAUGAAUGGCAGUAACUCUAUUUACAGUUCCUCAGCAGCUCCAUAUCAACAAGUGUUCCCUAGUUUGGUGAAUGCUGCUGCUGUUGCUGCUCCUCCCUUGAUGUCUCCUUCAACCAAUACUAUGAACCCUCUGUUGGCUACUCACUUGAUGCGACAGAUGAGCAUCAGCCAUAGUAGACCUACAUCACCUACAUUUAGCAGAAAGAAUUCGAUUCAGCAGCAAUUGAGAAGAACCAGUUCAGCUACGACCAUGAAUGCCAGCAUCAACAACUCUACCCAUGCCAUGUCUACCUCACCUGAGCAAGACCGUUUUGCUACUAUCCGCUUGGAAGACGUAGUAGAUGAGAUUUACUCCCUUUGCAAAGAUCAGUAUGGCUGUCGAUUCUUUCAAAAAAAGCUGGAGGAACAGAAACCUGAACAGCGUGAUCUCAUAUUCACUCAAAUAUGUCCUCAUUUUGUAGAGCUAAUGACAGACCCCUUUGGCAACUAUCUUUGUCAAAAGCUGAUGGAAUACUGCACUGAUAGCCAGAGAACAGAAAUUGUUGAGCAAGUCGCCAAUGCCAUUAUGCCCAUCUCCUUGAAUAUGCAUGGCACGCGAGCAGUGCAAAAGAUGAUUGAGUUUUUGACACUGCCAGAACAGAUUCAAAAGACCAUCGAAGCUCUGUCUCCAAACGUGGUAGCGCUGAUCAAGGACAUCAACGGCAAUCAUGUCAUUCAAAAGUGCUUGCAUCGACUCUCUUUUGCCGAUAAGCAAUUUGUCUACGACGCCGUCAGCAAAAACUGUAUUGAGGUAGCUACUCAUCGACACGGCUGCUGUGUCUUGCAAAGAUGCAUUGAUUUCUCUGCUGAAAAUCAAAAGAAACAGCUGGUGGAUGAAAUCAUUCGAAAUGCAUUGACGCUUGUGCAAGACCCUUAUGGCAAUUAUGUUGUGCAGUACGUGCUUGAAUUAGGAGAUGCUCAAUUCUCGGAUAAGUUGAUACGUCAAUUCAUUGGACACAUCAGUGGACUCUCUGUGCAAAAGUAUAGCUCCAAUGUCAUGGAAAAGUGUAUUCGUGUUGCUGAAGAAGACACGCGACGACAUUUAAUUGAGGAAAUGGUCAACCGUCCCCAGCUGGAGAAACUGUUGAAAGACUCGUAUGCUAAUUAUGUAGUUCAGACUGCCUUGGAUUUUGCAGAGGAUUCGCAGCAUCAAAAGUUGGGUGAUUGCAUUCGUCCUUUGUUACCUGGCAUUCGAAAUACCUCUUACUGCAAACGCAUUCAAGGCAAACUGAACAGAGAGCAAAGGCAACCAGCCCUUCAGCAGCAGCAGCAAUCUCAAAAUACACAACAUCAGCAAAGCUAUUUCCAGCCAAAUUACACCUUGGGAAGCGUAGGGCCAGGAUUAGGAGGGGGAGGAGGAUCAGCAGCAGGGCACCAACAAGGAUUAAGUGGAAUCCAUGGCCAUGUUCAUCCUUUGAUGGACACCAAUGAACUGAACUUUUCCACCAGCAGCAAUACUGCCUCUCCUUUUGUGGGCAACGUUGCUCAUUACAAUUUUUCCACUGCCUUUUCCAAUCCUUGA